UAGCGCGACUUGAACCCCAUCUAUCCGAGCAUUUCACUUCCUCUUUAGUGGAAACAGCAAACCUAACCUCUGAUCUUUUGCGUUUUUGAUAGGAUAAGUUGCGCAAACUAAGUAGAAGUCAAAAUGUCUAUCCGACCAGUUUAUCGACCUAAAAUAGUGAAGAAAAGAACGAAACACUUUGUGAGACACCAAAGUGACAGAUAUAAUAAACUGAAACGUAACUGGCGUAAACCCAAAGGUAUUGACAACAGAGUUCGCAGGCGUUUCAAGGGUCAAUACUUGAUGCCGAGUAUUGGUUAUGGUAGUAACAAGAAGACAAAGCACAUGCUACCAACUGGCUUCCGUAAGGUUCUUGUACACAAUGUUAAGGAACUUGAAGUCUUAAUGAUGCAAAACCGCAAGUUCUGUGCAGAAAUUGCACAUGCUGUUAGCAGCAAGAAAAGAAAAGCCAUUGUUGAGCGUGCUCAACAACUUUCCAUAAGAGUGACGAACGCUAGUGCACGCUUGCGAUCAGAAGAAAACGAAUAAACAUUUCUGGUUAUCACAUACAUUUGGCAAUAAAAUAUUAAAAACA